CACAAAUCGCUCACUCGUGUGCAGGAACGAUGGAGCUCGAGUUCAACGACCGUGCGAAGCGAGGCACGUCGCGCGCCGAGCGCCUCGCUAUGCUUGAGUUCCUGCGCAUUCCUGACAACUUUGCCUUGAUGACUGGCCAGGCGACGAAAGAGAUGAACUGUUCCAUUACCAAUUCCUUUCGCCCGUGCGAUCAUACCAACAGACGCACCAGUGCCAUUGUGACCAAGCCGAUGUAGAGCACAAGCAAGCUGUACCCAUACUGGCCGUUGAACACGAUUCGUUUUUGGUUGAAACACAGAGUGUUCCUCAAUCAAUCGCAAGAUGAAUGCAAACGUAGUCUGGCAAACACGAACUUCCUGC